UCCCGUUUCCCUUAAUUGUAGACAGAGAUAUGAGUUUGUUCUGGGGUGAUGGUGGGUAAGAAGCAGAGGAAGAGAAUCCUAGAAGAAAUAAGAUAUAGGGCAAGCGCUCUUUGUCCUCAGUUGACCCAGAGUUCAGAGUCUCUUCCUGUCCCCUCCCCUCAAAACCACUAGGCCCCUGAAGGUUUCCUCCUGGGAGGGAGGCAGAAGCAGGUGGUGUGAUGCUCUGAAGCCUGUGACUCUGCUUUUCUGCCAUCCCCACCCUCCCAUCUGAAGCCACAGCAAAGACCCAGGAAGCCAAAAAAUUCUUCCUUCUUCCCCUGUGCCUGCCUGCUGUCUCUUCUGGCCUGGUGGGGACAUUGGGAGAAUGGCAGCAUCCCAGGGCAAAGGCUCUUGGAAAGGGGGGCUGUCUCAGCUCCAGCCUCCUGGGGUGUCUGUAAGGUGCCUAGAGGGACACCCUGUGCCUGGAGAGUGCCAGGGCAGGCAGGGAGGGGCUCUGUCCUCUGCCGGGUUCCAGGAAAGACCUUGGCAGGCAGUACAGGCCUGGGCUCCAGGGCCUUUGAGGGUGGAGUUAGGGGAGGGACCCUAAGCUGCAGAAGUGCCUCACCUGGGCCUUGUGCCCCCAGGCCCAUCUGAUGGAAUCACUGGCUAGUUCUUUAGCCAAAAAUUAACAGAUGGAUGCCAACAUGGUCCUGGGCCAUAUGGACCACCUUCCAACACAUACAGCACACUUCCCACACAUGCUGUCACCCAGCCAGCACUCACCAACCCCCCCUAGAAGGGAGGCAGCUUUGCUGUCAUCUAUUCCAAACUUCAACUUGAUGCAACUUGAUGCAUGAAUCUGUCCAUGGCAUCCCAGGUCAGUGAUUGCUCUGAAGCCAGGACUGGGACACUGCCCCAGUCCCACUACCCUUCUGGAUUUUCCCAUCUUCAAAUCCAGUCAUAUAUGGGUCACUUGCCUUAAUCUGGCCUAGAAGUGACUAAACUCACUCAUGCCCCUUGCACCAACUCCUCCCCAUUGUCCCUUGUGACACUCCUAGUCCCCCCAAAUCAUUGUGAAGGUGGGUUGAUGUUUAACUGCUUUCUCUCCUUCACCAUCCUAUGUCUGAUCUGUUACCAGAUUCUGCUUUCUUCUUUUUGUUGCUGUUAUUUUAAAAUGCAUUGUUUAGUCAUUACCUUUCUCAUUCACUCCUUCCUCUCCAGCCCCAUAGAUAUCACCUUUGAUCCAAAGUGCUGCAGUCUUUCUGAUCCAGGUUGUUUCUUACUCCUACAUGCCCUGCUGGAAUAAUCUUUCUCAAACACCAUUUGUCGUAUCUGUUAUCAGCGCAGACGUCUCAGCCAAGCAUACUGGGUGUGCCAGCUGCUAUGUGAUCUGUAUGUGUUCAGAUUCAUUCAUGGCCUUUCCAGAUCACUGAAGUGGAAUCUACCUAGCACAGUGCCUGCUGCACAGUGAGAGGGCAGCAAAUAUUUUUCAAUUGUCCAAUUCAUUUAUUCGUACCACCUUCUCAUCCCUCUACCUCUCUCUCCUGACUCCAUCUCCCCAUUCUCAGCAAGUUUAUUGGCUUCCCGAGGCAAACUCAGGUUCAUUUCCCCCAAAUCUUCAGAGGGGGAUCUGAAAGGGAGAAGCUGAUAUCCAAAGUCACAUCAGGGAAUUUGUGCCAAAUACCAAUCGUAGAGACCUUGGGUUUAAAGUAGAAUGGGCGCAGCUGCCAGUAUCUGCUCCCAUAAGAGAUAAGGCCACAGAGAGAGCAGAAGGCAGAACACAAAAGUAAACACCAAUGGCUUUGGGGUUUACAGAGGGAUCUUGCCAUUGAGAGAUUCUAGCCCACUUCACUCUGAGUCCCUGUUCUGAUUCUCAUAGUCUUUCUGUUUCUUGGAACCACAUCUCAUACACACCUCUAGUGAUUCCACUUAUGGAUGCAACUCAAAAUCCAUCCCCCACAAGAAGUCUCUGAUAGUAUCCACACCAUUUUGAUUGGUUUGUCAUCAACUUCAACUUCCCUCUGAGCCUUAUGAGCAGUCUUCUAUAUUUUAUUGUUUAAUUCUGUUUCUGUAAUAUUUUCAGCCCUUUCCUCCAAAUGUUAUAAACUCCUUCAUGAAAAGGAUAAGUAUCUUUUUGUUUAUUGUAUAUGAUCUAUUUAUUUUAAGAAAGAAGCAGGAGGUAGGGCACUCAGGUUCAUAUAGAAUUGUUGGGCCUUGAGUAAGACCUGUCUGAGUCAGUUUCUUCAUCUGUAAAAGGCACGAGGGAUGCCUGCCCUGCAGAAUGAGGGACAAAACUCACAGAGAUUAUAAAAUGCUAGGAAAGUGAUUGUUGAAUGGUGAGCAUACAAUAGUUUGUCUUCCUUCUUUCUCUGCAUGGUUGAAACUUUCCCUUAAUUAGGGGACCAAGUCUUCCUUAACCCUUACCCAUUCCUGGAUACUUUACACGUAAAAAGGGACAAUAUUAAUAAUUACACUGGUUCCAGGGACACAGCCUGGGAUGCACAGCCACCAUAAUCCGUGAGGGCAGGCUUCGGAUGGAGUGCAAUAUCCCAGUGCUUAAGCAUCGCACCAAGCAUGUUUGUUGAACGAAAGAGAGGGGGGGGAACAUAGCUGUGCCUCACUUAGUUUCUCCGACAACGAGCGAAGCUGCAAAGAUUGAAAAGCCCGCCCCUGCCGCGCCCCCACCUCUACCCGCAACCCCGCCCUGUCCCAAAGCCUGGAUUCCCUGAGGUCUGCCCUCCUCUAGUCUGCCCCGGUUGCCUAGGAAGCAGUGACGUAACUCGAGGGGCGUGGCCUCUCUCCAUCCUCUUCUGCCACCCUUGGUCGCUGCUUGGCGGUUCCUUUGGGGAGGAUGGGGUUAUUAGAGUCCUUAGACCCUCUCAGCCCGCGCCCGGCCCCAGCUGACUACGCCCACUCCCACUCGGCGGUCCCUUCCGACGCGCCGCUAGCUCGGGGCGCGCACCCCACCUAAACCUGGCGAGCUAGACGGGAUGUCGGCCCCUGUCCUUGGAGGCCUUUCCACCUUUCACCCAGGACUGGCCAGAGGAGCCUGAAAGAGGGGCCAGGCGCUCAGCUCAGCGUUGCUGGGCCUGCAACGGGGCGGGCGGGAAGGUGGGACUGCUACCCGGCGCGUGGACGCCCCAGACCCCGGAGAGAAGGAGUUAAGCAAGGUGCAGCCCAGGACCCAGAGACUUCUACCCCAGUUCUCCUGGGAUGAGGUCCACGUGCAGAAGCUGGAAAGUGACUGCUGUACCCAAGGCUGCAAAACUUGAUAAGAUGUCCACUUCAUUUCACCUUCCAGGGUUGAGGAAGCUCUGUCUAAAGAAACACACCAAGGUCCAGGGAUAGAUCUACCUUAGAAAGAUCAAAGACAGGAGGGAAGCAAAAGAAGGGGGUCAAUGGGCUCACCCCAGACUCCCAGAAAUGCCCAAAGGCCCCAGCCAGAAAUGGGUGUCUGCUGCCCUCUAGUGGAGGAAAGGGCAGCCCCUGGAGCUACCUGCUGGGCCCCUCCAACCUGGCUCCCCUCAAGACAAGGAGAUGCCCAUCUGCCCCUGCCUCCUUGCUUUUCUUUUUCUUUCUUUUUUCUUCUUUUCCUUUCCUUUUAAAAUUUCCUUUACUUUCUCCUCUCUUUCUCCCUCCCUCCCUUUCCGAUGCUGGGCAUGGAACCCAGGGCCUGACCGGUGCUAGCUUUAGUGCUCUACCACUGAGCUACCCCCCCCCACCCACUGGCCCCAGAGUCUCCAGCUUCUUCUCUGCAGCCUUGAAAGCUGAACCUUCUCUCUUUUUCAAGCACCCCUGGUCAUGCCACUUCCCAGCUAAGACCCUCCAUCCCAUCAUCUCCCUAUUUUCCUUUGUUGCCUAGGUUUCAAUUCUGGUACCCUGGUUCCUGGCCCUGCCAGAGUUCUGGUUCCGGAAGGCCUUUCCCAGGUGCCUUGGGCAUAGCUCCCACCCGGGUACAAGGCAGCGCUAAAGAUAUGGGCAAGAGCAUCCCCGAGUACCUGGGGCAACUGGACAUCCGCAAAAGUAUAGUGGGCCUGGCCACAGGUGCCUCAGCCAUCUACCUGCUCUACAAGGCCAUCAGGGCUGGCCUAAAAUGCCAGCCACCUCUCUGCUCCAAUUCGCCCAUCUGCAUCGCCCGUGAGUGUCCAGUCCCUGGGGAGAGGGCUCCGCCCCAGGAGGCACCUGCUUCUGAGGCCUCCCCUGUAGAAAGGCCCAAAGGCCUGGCCAUCGAGCGAGAGCGCCAUGGGCGGGACUCAGGUGAGCUCCGGAGACUCCUCAACUCUUUGGAGUGCAAGCAUGAUGGGUACACCAGGAGCAUGAUCCUGCACAGCAUCGCUCGCUGUGUGUACUUGCUGGAGGCUGAGGCCUCUGCUUGUACUAAUGAUGAUAUCAAGUUGGUGGCUGACAUGCUGGAAGACAAGGACACCAGUGUCAAAAUCCAAGCUCUGAAUGCACUUAAAGCUUUCUCUGGCAUCCGGAAAUUCAGGCUUAAAAUCCAGGAACACUCCAUCAAAGUGCUAGAACUGGUCUCCACCAUCUGGGACUCGGAGCUUCACAUUUCUGGCCUCAGACUCCUCAACAACCUUCCGCUGCCUGACUAUGUGCAUCCCCAGCUGCGGCGGGUGAUGCCUGCCCUGAUGGAAAUCCUGCAGUCAGACUAUAACAUGGCACAGGUACAAGCCCUGCGACUGAUGAGCUACCUGGCACAGAAGAAUGACCUUCUCUAUGACAUUCUCAACUGCCAGGUGCACUCUGACUUCCUGAACCUGUUCCAGUCCACACAGCCAGGAAAUCUGCUGUUUGAGCUACUGGUGUUCGCUGAGCGGCUGAGUGAGGGCCGGAAUGCAUCCCACUACCGAGCUGUGAAAUGGCAUUACAAUGAACAGUCCCUGCAUGAAGCCCUCUUUGGGGACGAGUCACGACUGGCAGACCGGCUGCUUUCCCUGGUCAUCCACCCUGAGGAAGAGGUUCAGAUCCAGGCCUGUAAGGUCAUAGUCAGCCUGCAGUGUCCCCAGGACGUGGCAGCCCGGCCCUCCUCCUUCCAUCCCAGUCAUUCUUUCUCUAAAAGUGGGGAAUAAAAUUAAGGAGAAUCAAUAAAUGAGUAUGGGAGAGAAGCUUGGGGGCUUCUUGGAGCUUGAUUUUCUGUCUGUGGACUUCCAGGGCUGGGUGGAGAUUUCACUCAGUGUGACCUCUGCUCCAGAGGAUGGUACGACAUGGGCAAAUCUCUCCAAACACAGCUCCGCCAUGUUUAGGAGACUGACUCUUGCUGCUUUUCAAAUCUGAAUAUGGAGCCAAGUACUUUCAGGAAGUUGGGAGAAGGUGGGUGCUAUGAUUUGGGUUCAUAUGUUGGAGUUGGAUCCAGAUUGAUGGUAUUGGGAGAUGGUGUGGACCUUAAAGACAUAGGAUCUCAUGGGAGGUUCUCAGGUCAUUGAAGGUGUGCCCUCAGAAGGGGUUGGAGGACCCCAGUCUCUGUCUUCUUGUUUGGCAAUGUGAUACUUCCUUACACAUGCGCUUCCGCCAUGAUGUGACCCCCAUCUGUUGUUAGAUCCUCCGCAGAGGCUGAAUCAGGGGGACCUGACUUGAUUUUGGGCUUCGAACCUCUAAAACUGUGAGCUAAUAAAUCUCUUUUCUUCAUAA